UUUCUUCUCCUCUUUCUGAUUCUCUUUCUCUGUCCUUUUUGUUUCACCUUGUUCACCAUCAAAGCAUCUCAACGGGAAGGUAAAAAAGUCAACUAGAAGACUUCGUAGCCGGCGAUGAAGCCAUGGAUUUUCCGUCGACUGCAUCGUCCAACAAUGUCAUCCCUUAUUGCAAAAAGCACUGGUGUACACUCUGCAACGAGUUUAUCGCAGAGUUUCCGCGCUUCGUGGAGCCAGGCAACCCGACCAUAGGCCUUUGGAGAUGGGUGUGUUCAAAGUCACCCUCCCACGCUAUACUGAUGGAAGAUUUUGCCGUAGACAGGUGCAACGAACGCAAAAUAUCACAUAACCAGUCCCGGAAUGCAGGUGCUGAGGACUACCUCUUAUGUUUCCAAAUCACCGCGGCACCAUCAACGAGAUUGGAUUCACCUAUGGCGCACACACAGCUGGCGGGUUGAGGAAUCCUAGUUACUUCCACAGAGCAUGUUUCGAUGCUUUGAUCGCGAACUCGAAAGAUCCGCGCAUCUAUCGGAAACUCAUCUACCUGUGUGCGGCCUUGGUUCCAUUGUUUAAAGCUGUCGCGAGGAAAUCCAACAACCACCAAUGAUUUCGCGUUGCAUAGCAUGACCAUCCGCAUGGCUAAGAGAGA